AAAUUAAUUACCAUUUAAUCUCUAAUAAAUUGUUACUCGAAAACUUCGUAGCUCAACGGAAUUUUCGUUUGGCUAAAGAAUCACUCCUCGAUGCAAUCUUUUAACAGAGACGCUUGUUGAUUUCCUUCUAAUUAUGUUUGUUGUUCAGCUUUUCUUUUCCUAAAAGGAGUUUUGCGGGGUUGAAUGCGCAGGUUGUGUCGUAUUGGCGAUGAGGAAUUGGACAAUGGCCAAGAAACCCAGUAACUGCGCUCUUUGCGAAAAUUCGAAUCGCGCUUCUAUUUGCGCUGCUUGUGUCAAUUACAGAUUAAACGAGUAUAGUACUUUGUUAAAGUCAUUGAAGAAUCGUCGUGAUGCUUUAUAUUCCAGAUUGAGUGAUGUGCUUGUGGCAAAGGGGAAGGCCGAUGAUCAGCUAAAUUGGCGAGUGAUUCAGAAUGAAAAGCUUACUAAUUUGAGGGAGAAGCUUCGGCACAAUAGAGAACGACUACUGCAAGGGAGGGCUAAAAUCGAAAGAUUGUCUUAUGAUUUGAGAGUGAAAUUUGGUGUGCUUGAAUCAGCUCAGAGCCUGCUGGAGAAAAAUCGGUCCGAGCAAUUGGAGAAGUACUAUCCUAAUCUUAUUUGCACUCAUAGUCUUGGCCAUAUGGCAAUCACCUCUGAGCGUCUCCAUAAGCAAUCAGUGGUCAUGAAGCAGAUAUGCAAAUUGUUUCCUCAACGUCGGGUGACUAUAGAUGGAAAGGGAAAAGAUGGAUCCAGUCAUCAGUAUGAUGUAAUUUGUAAUGCACGCUUACCAAGAGGGCUUGACCCACGCUCUGUUCCUUUGGAAGAGCUUGCAGCUUCUUUGGGGUACAUGGUACAACUUCUAAAUCUUGUUGCCCGUUAUUUGGCUGCUCCUGCACUUCAUAACACCGGCUUUGCGGCUUCUCGCUCACGAAUUUGGCAAAGAUUUUCUUAUUGGGAUGCACGUCCUUCUUCUCGAAGCCACGAAUAUCCCCUUUUUAUUCCAUGUGAAAAUUAUUGCUCCAGUAGUGGGGAAAAUUCAUGGACUGAUAGAAGUUCAAGUAAUUUCGGUGUUGCUUCAAUGGAAUCAGACAGAAAACCCCGCUUAGAUUUUUCUGGAAGUAGUAGCUUCAAGUACUCCGCCUCUCCGCAUUCUGUUGAAGCACACCAAGACUUGCAGAAAGGGAUUUUUCUUCUCAAGAAAAGUGUGGCAUGUUUAACAUCUUACUGUUACAAUUUUCUAUGUCUUGAGGUUCCUUCGGAAGCCACUACUUUUGAAGCUUUUGCAAAAUUGUUGGCGAUACUAUCCUCACCAAAGGAAGUUCGAUCUGUUUUUUCCCUGAAAAUGGCUUGUUCAAGGUCAUGCAAGCAAGUUAAACAGUUGAACAAAUCUGUAUGGGAUGUGAAUUCAACCAUUGCAUCUAGCACCUUAUUGGAGAGUGCUCAUGCACUGCCUGUAACAAGGAACCUAAAUGAGAACAACUUCCCAAAUUCAGCUGCCAGUUUUCUUUUUGAUACUCAGCUUUCUGAUUUUGGGAAAAAUGAAAGCCUUAUUGAUGGAUGGGAUCUUGUUGAGCAUCCUACUUUUCCACCUCCACCAUCAGAAACUGAGGAUGUUGAGCAUUGGACUAGGGCCAUGUUUAUUGAUGCCACUAAGAAAUGACCUGUUGUUACUAAAUUCUUCUACUUCUGUUUUGCCAAGAUCCAAAUGACAAGUGAGCUUUGAGGAUUGGUCUGUGGUAUUGCUGUAAAUUCAACCUCUUUUCUUUUCGAGUGAAAUUGAAUGGAAAUAUAAGUAGGUCGGUAUCCACGCAUACAUAAACUAGUGUAGGUCAAUUUUUUCACUUUAUUUUAUUUUCUUUAGGUUUCUUUCCUUAUUUUAAUGGAAAACAAUAAUGUAUAUAUAACAGCCUUUGCAUUUAACUAAGAUGUCCUGUAUAUAAUUUCAAUGGAAACAAAGUGAUUUUCAGAAAAGUGAGCUCCCUUUGUUUAGAUUUCAGCAA